GCCACAGCAGCAGCUUCUCAAAGUUGGGGUAACCAGGGCCAGUUUGUGGGACAGAAUUCAGCCAAGCCAUGCUUGCGCUUACACAGCGUGGCCAGGAAAUCUGGAGAAUGAAGCCCUUCAGUCCUGAGGUUUCUCCAAUCCCACCCCACACCACUGCAGCCCACCUGCUUUACAUCUAUACUCUCUUCCUGACCUUGCUCGACUUGGCCCAAGGCUUCAGAGGCUCCACGGUACCCAACAAGCCGUUCAUCACUAUUUGGAAUGCAGAUACUUACUGGUGCCUGAAGAGUUAUGGAGUGGAUGUGGAUGUCAGUGUGUUUGAUGUGAUUGCCAACAAGGGGCAGAGCUUCCAAGGCCCUAACAUGACUAUUUUCUACAGCUGGCAGUUGGGCACCUACCCCUACUACACUUCUACCGGGGAACCCAUAUUUGGUGGCCUGCCCCAGAAUGCCAGCCUGGUUACCCACCUCGCUUGCACAUUCCAGGACAUCAAGGCUGUCAUGCCUGAACCUGACUUCUCAGGACUGGCAGUCAUUGAUUGGGAGGCAUGGCGCCCACGAUGGGCCUUCAACUGGGAUAGCAAGGACAUUUAUCGACAACGCUCAGUGGCACUGGUCCAGGCAGAGCACCCUGACUGGCCAGAAAGUUUAGUGGAGGCAGCAGCUCAGGACCAGUUCCAGGAAGCUGCACAGGCCUGGAUGGCAGGCACCCUCCAGCUGGGACAGGUACUGCGUCCUCAUGGCCUCUGGGGCUACUAUGGCUUCCCUGACUGCUACAACCACGACUUUCUAAGUCCCAAUUACACAGGACAGUGCUCACAAAACAUCCGUGACCAGAAUGACCAGCUAAAGUGGUUGUGGAACCAGAGCUAUGCCCUCUAUCCCAGUGUCUACUUGCCUGCAGCACUGAUGGGCACAGGGAAGGCACAGCUCUAUGUUCGACAUCGUGUGCAAGAGGCAUUCCGUGUAGCUACAGCUUCCAGAGACCCCAAUGUGCCCAUCCUGCCCUAUGUACAGAUCUUCUAUGAAAUGACAAAUCAUCUUUUGCCCCUGGAGGAGCUGGAACAUAGCAUCGGGGAGAGCGCAGCUCAGGGAGCAGCGGGUGUGGUGGUGUGGGUGAGCUCCGGAAACACCACCACCAAGGAGUCCUGCCAGACCAUUAAAGAGUACAUGGAUUCCACACUUGGACCUUUCAUCCUGAACGUGACCAGUGCAGCUGUUCUUUGCAGUGAAGCUCUAUGUUCCGGCCAUGGUCGCUGUGCCCGCCGUCCCAGUUAUCCUGAGGCUCUGCUCACCCUCGACCCUGCCAGUUUUUCCAUUCAGCUAACACACGAUGGCAGGUCCCCCAGCCUCAAGGGUACCCUGUCACUUAAGGAUCAGGCACAGAUGGCUGUGAAGUUCAAGUGUCGAUGCUAUGGUGGAUGGUAUGGAAAGCGCUGUGAGAAGCAGGGUAUGUAGUGAUCAGCUGUGCCAGACUGCAGACACUGAGCAACUAACAUACCCCGGGCCUACCUAUGACUUCCUCAAAUACAGUCACAUGCACACAAGUCACAGUCAGUCAGGAGUAUGCUCAACCACUGCCUUAGUCACACGGACACAGGCACACUCAUAGGGCAGUCACAUAGUGAGUCAGACUUAAGACACUCAGUUCUGUGCCUAUAAGGAACUACUCGGCAGGAUCAUAGGCAAGUCCUUCAGAAUCUGAGUCAGCAGUGACAAAAGGUGACAUCUGUGUUUUGUCUGCUCUCUGCCAAGCCCUGUGCUACGUUAGCACUAGAAGUAGUCUAACUCACUCUUCACAAUUCAAGACAUGCAGGGAAAGUGAAUACUUUUGUUUGUUUUGACUUUUUGAGACAGGGUUUCCCUAAAUUGCUUUGGAGCCUGUCCUGGAACUCGCUCUUUAGACCAGGCUGGCCUCAAACUUACAGAGAUUUGUCUGCCUCUGCCUCCCGAGUGCUGGGAUUAAAGGUGCGCACCACCAAUGCCCGGCUGAGUGAAUACUUUUUAUUUACUUAUUUUUUGCUGUACUGGGAAGUGAACUUGGAACCUCACACACACACUAGGCAAAUACUCUACCACUACCAUAUUCCUAGCCCCUGAUGGUGAGUACUUUUUGUCCAGUGUUGCCCAGAAAGAAGAGACAAGCAAAGCCAGGCAUGAUGAUGCACACUUGUAACCCCAGCACUCGGAGGCAGAGGCAGGAGUCUUUUUGAGUUCAUGGCCAGCCAUCCUGGUCUUCAUACUGAGCUGCAGGACAACCAGGACUACAUAGAGAGACUGUCUCAAAACAAAACAAACAAAACCAAGAGAGAUGCAUAUUGAAAUCUAGGCUAUAUGGCUCCAAAGAUAGAACCUUGCACACCUACGGUGUGUUGAUGUUGCCCUAUGUGAGCUGGGAAAACACAAUAACACUACUCUACAGGAUCCUUGAAUCUGCUGAGAGAUACUAGCACUGCUCAACCCAGCAAACAAAGCUGUCGUAUUUUACUUAGCUGUUUAAUUAGCCCCUAAAAUAGGCAGGUCUCAGAAUCCAGAGAGCACUGGAAAGGCUCCUUUCUUUCACAAAACUCCUUUCCUUUGAGCCUGGGGUGGUGAGACCCUCAGGAAAAGCCAAACCCAGGCAAGAUGUUCGAAGUCAGAAGCAGGGCCUGCAGGGGGCCGGGCCAAGAGGAGGCGGAGCCAUGGCAGGAAGCUUCAGGCCUAGACGCCGCCGGAAGCGAAGAAGGCAGGGGACCGAAUGGGACUGCUUUAAUUCUGUUGUGACGCGCUCAGAACCAGGGGCGGGGGUCUAGGUGGUGACAUUCCGGGCACGGAGGACUUAGGAGGAGGUGCGCCGUCGCCUGCGAAGACUGCUGUAAAUCCUCCGUACUGCUGGGACCAGCAUAGGCAGACCGAGGAAUCCGAGGCAGAGACGACGGGAUACCAAACCGUGCGCAGGCUGGACGCCGACCAUCCCGGAGCUCGGCUUUAACAUGAGGUGAACCUUGUAUGAGGAGAUGCCACUGCCUGGAGAUUGUGACCUUACCCUCCAGCCUGGCAAUGAGGCACCUGAAACCUAACAGGAAGUGACCUUGGCUUCCUGCCUGACUCAGCUGAGCCUGGAUCCUACCUGUAGGCAAG